AUGAUCUCCGAUAAAUUCAUGCAAAACGAAGAGAAUUUCUCUGCCUCUCAGGAGUACAGAUUUGAAUCUACGACGCACUCUCUCUUCCGGUUUAGCCUCUUUCUAGAUACCCCUCUCUCAUUAUUGACUCUUUUCUUUUGUUUUCUUCCUCCUCCUCUCUCUUCAAUUGCUAUUUUAUUCACUUCCUCAUUCUUCGCCACUAUUCUCUUUCUAUUCAUUCACUUCACUCCUGUUUCUUUCUCUAAGAAUGAGUUGGCCAUUCAUGUCUAUGUCAUCUCUGACUUUCUGAAUUUGUCUCUUUCAUUUACAUUUCUUUGUCAGUCUUCCUACCUCUCUCUUCAAUCUCCUCGUUAUUUUCACUCGAUUCGUCUUUCUCUUUUAUUUUUUGUCUUUAUCUCUCUUCAUCUACCUCUCAUCAUCACUCUCUCUCUCUCUCUCUCCCUGUCUUUUCAAUCUUCGUCUUUUUUGUCACUUCCUUUCUCUUUCUAA